CUUCUCGCCUCUAAAUAGUUGAUAGGAAAGCUUCGUGUAAAGAGUUAGGCGCGCUAGUUAGAUUUUUAGAAUACAUAAGUGUAUAUUUCGAACGAUAGUUUUAUAAAAACAUUACCGAUGUCUUUGCUUUGUGGAGCGACUCCUCUCUGUUUUCCAGAACCGGGCGGCACCCUUAUGUCAGAGCCGCUUUUGAGUUUAUAUAAAUCACCCAUGUCAGGGUGUGCAUUCCUGACAUAUUUUAAUCCAGAAAGUGCAUCAAAUGCACAAACCGCCCUCCAUGAAAAACGGACGUUGCCUGGGAUGAACCGGGCAAUACAGGUGAAACCGGCGGACAGUGAAAAUAGAGGAGGGGGUGCGGGAAGACAGCGCGCGUAG